GACCUCACUUGAAUAACACAAACUUAUUACCCAAAAAAUAAAAAUAAAAAUAAAAAUAAGAAACAAACAAACUUAGUACCAAAAAAUAAAAGGACCAAUUAUGUUGUACCCACAUCUUCCUCUUACCCUAUUCUUCUGUUUCUGCCUGUUUUUCUCCUUUUCAUAUGCUCAUUACAAGCCCCCUUGUGAUUGUUCCUCUGCUCAUAACAAUACCCAUGAAAACAUUCCCACUAACCCUGGUGGUAAUUCUUCCCCUGCUCAUAACAAUACCCAUGAAAAUAUUCCCACUAACCCUGGUGGUAAUUCUUCCCCUGCUCCUAACAAUACCCAUGAAAAUAUUCCCACUAACCCUGGUGGUAAUUCUUCCCCUCCUCAAAACAACAGCCAUGAAAUUCCCAGUAACUCCUCUUCCCCUCCUCAAAAUAACAGCCAUGAAAUUCCAACCAAGCCUGGUAAUUCAUUCCCAGCUCAUAAUAACAGCCAUCAAUUUCCCACCAACCCUGGUAACUCUUCCCCUGCUCAAGAUACUUCCACUAAGCAUAAUAACUAUAUAGGAUGCUUCCACAAGGUCUAUGCUUUUGGAGAUUCCUACACUGAUACCGGAAAUGCUAAAUUAGUGGGUGGUCUCAAGGUAAAUUUCACUCAAAGCACGAGCAUUUCAGCAAAAUCGAAGAAUGGUUUAUGUGAUGGCCAUUUGGUGGUAGAUUUCCUAUGUGAUGCUCUUAAUCUACCACAAUUGCCACCCUUCCAAAGUACCUCUAUAAAUUUCACAUCUGGGGUCAAUUUUGCAAUAGCUGGAUCAACAAUUCUUCCCAAAGAGAAAUUCUCGCUGCAAAAUAUUACUAACCUAUUUUGGAAAGGAAUACCCUUGAACUUUCAAACUCAGAUCGAUUGGUUCAAUAAGUUGAAGCAGCAGAUGGGAUGCACAGAUAAAAGUGGAAAAAGUUGCAAGGCUGAAUUGGAGAAUGCACUCUUCUGGAUAGGCUCUGUUGGCGUUAGUGACUAUGCUCGCAUACAAGGGUCCUCUUUACCUACACGUUGGCUCACACAGCAGUCUGUCGAUCAAGUUAGCAGACUAAUCGAGGCAUUGCUGGGAAGCGGAGCAAAGUACAUCGUAGUUCAAGGCUUACCACCAAUAGGAUGCCUCCCACUACAUAUCUCAUUAUGUCCACUGAAAGCUGCUCUUGAUCAUAUGGGAUGUGCAGCAGCUGUCAACACAGCAGUAAUGGUCCACAACCAGAUCCUGCAAAGGAGAUUGGAAAGAUUCCGUAGAUUAAAUCCUGAUUGUCAUAUCUUAUAUGCUGAUUACUGGAAUGCAUAUCUAACAAUUAUGAUGAACUUAAAGAAGUACCAAUUUGAGGAAGCCUUCAAACCUUGCUGUGGAGCUACAGGAGGACCACUCAACUUCAACUUGCAUUCGUUGUGUGGCUCACCUGGUACUGUCAGCUGCAACAAUCCUAGCAAAUUUAUCAGCUGGGAUGGUAUCCAUCUUACAGAAGCAAUGAAUCAGAAAGUCACUGAUCUUUUCCUCAAUCAAGGCUUCUGUCAACCAUCUUUUAGCGAGCUGGUCAAAAGUAGGAGCGGGAUGUAGAUGGACUCAAUUUAAGAUAGCAAAUAAUACCGCUCCGGACCAAUCCAGAGAGCGAGAUAAUAAUAGGAGUUAUUCUCAGAGAUGUUUCUUCCAUUGCAAGAACGAGAAACUUUACAAUAGGCAGAUUACCUCUUUUAUCAUUAGCAGAUAGACAAAAUUUGUGGAGUACAAUAAAUGUGUUCAACCAAGCUGACACUGUAAAUGCACAUGUAAUGUCAUGUACCAGUUGAUAUAUGUGGUAAUUUAAUGAAGAAUUGGAAAUAUACUCUUCCUUUGCUGAGCA